AUGAAUAACACUAAAUAUCAAGAAUUCUUACAAAAGAAAAAAAAUCUAAUCAAAGAAAAUGAAGCACUAAUCAAGGAACAUGCUAAUUUAGAAACAGUAAUCGAAGCCCAAAGACGAAGAAAUGAGAUUGAAACUCGACAAAAAGAUAUUGCUGAUGAGUUAUUAAAAAUUCAUGUCGAAUUCCUGCAAAAUGAUGAAGAUGUAGCGAAAGAUUUACCGGAAAAUGCUACUAGUUUAGAAAAGGCUAAAUAUGAACUCUGUGAGAAAAUAUUAGGUUACCAAGAGGAUAAUAAACUUAGUGAUGAAAUAUUAGCCCAAAGAAUUGGACUUAAAGCAGUGGAUACAGACAAACCUAAUAUUCAGCCCAAAAACUUAAUGGUGGUUGAUAGCAUCGAAACAGCUUAUAAAAUAAUGACUGAACCCCGCUUGGAAAUCUUUUAUGCGAUUAGUGAAAAUAAACCCCAAAAUAUUAACCAAUUAGCCGAAAUUUUAGGCAAGGAUGCCGCAAAUGUUUGA